UUUUACUGCAAAAAUCAUAGUACGCAAAAGGAGUUUCCAUGAACAUUUCUUGAAAUUCUAUAUUUGCCAUUGGUUUGCAUUUCUCAUCGGGGUGACUAUUCUGAAUAUAUUUAUUUUACUAAGAAGAAGAAAGCAAGCAGAUUAAACGGAAACUUGAUUUGUUUCAUGUUUGAUUUAUAUUUGAUGUCCUAGUUUAUAUUCGAUUUAAUAACAAUGAGUGGAAAAGGUUCUAUUCCAAAAACAUUAUCCAAGAAAUUGUCCGAUAAAAUACGUGUUGGGCAAAUUGUCAAAGUGCAAGAUAUCGAAGAUACUUUGGGCGCAUCACUUUUUUCACCUGUUCAAACUCGUCAGCAGCGAAAGAUCAAUAAAACACAACUCAAAAAAUUAAUCGAACCAAAUAAACUUGAAAGCGCAGACAACACAAAGAAAAAAGUGUUUGAACCCGUAGCUACUAAGACAGAUAGCAAACUGAAAGACAUUGGUGUAAAACAAGGUAGCUUGGUUGACAAUAUCAAAGACGCUGCCGAUAAAUCAGUGUUAAAUGCAAUUGAUCAACCGAAAGGUUCAGUUAAAUGGGAACCAGAAAAUUGGCGCUUAAUUUUACAAAAUAUUAGAAAAAUGCGGUCAGAUGCUAAAGCGCCUGUCGACACCAUGGGAUGUCAUAAAUGCUCUGACGAUGAAGCAGACGAAAAAACGCAACGCUUUCAAAAGUUAGUCGCACUAAUGUUAUCCAGUCAGACCAAAGACGAAGUUACUUUUGAAGCUAUGCAACGCUUAAAGAGUAAUCAUAUGACACCGCAAGCUAUAUUAGAUACAGAAAGAAGCAAACUGGAGGAAUUACUGAAACCUGUUUCAUUUUAUAAAAACAAAGCCAAAUAUUUGCAACUUGCAUCGAAAAUACUCGUGGAGAAAUACGAUAGUGACAUUCCUAGCAACAUAAAAGAGCUCGAAGCUUUGCCAGGCGUUGGUCCUAAAAUGGCGCAUAUUUGUAUGGCGACAGCUUGGAACGAAGUAACAGGAAUAGGUGUAGAUGUACAUGUGCAUCGCAUCACAAAUCGUUUGAAGUGGCUACAAAAGCCCACCAAAGAACCCGAACAAACCCGUGUUCAUUUGGAAUCAUGGCUACCACGCGAUAUGUGGCAAGAAGUAAACCAUUUACUUGUUGGCUUUGGCCAAACAGUCUGCAAAGCUGUUCGUCCGAAUUGUGCUGAAUGUUUAAAUCGUGAAAUAUGCCCCUCAACGGAAUAUAAAGUGAAGGGUAAGAAAAAAAUUGAUACAGAAAUUGACAUCAAAAAUGUAGACCAAUCGGCUCCCAAAAUAUCUAAGCCGCAAAAACAAAAGAUCAUGUAAUACAUAAUAUAAUAUUGUAAUAAUGUUAAUGGUGGAUUCGCUUUAUAUUUAAG